GUUAUCUCUAAACACUGCGCUGUAAAUAUCCAGUUUGAUGAUCACAGCUCCUCUGAUGAUUUGCUGGCCACUCUGGAAGCCUUCGAGAGGAAGGAAGUGGCUUUGAAGAGCGUAACAUUCCCAGCCCUUAUGCCUGUAGAUCUGAGGUCCAAACUAGCGCAGUGCUUUAUUAGAACAAAAGCUCUGGAUACUUUGGAUGUCAUAUCGGAUCUGAUCAAAAGCUUGAGUGACACGGACGUAGAAAACUGUGGUGACAUACACUUCGACAUCGCUGAGACACUGGUGGAGUGUGGAUACCCUGAAGAGGCUAGACCCCUCUUGCAUACAUUGGUGCAUUCAGAAAAGUACAAUAAGGCAGCUGUAUGGUUAACUUUUGGCCAGUGUCUGAAUGCUCUGGGAGAUCUCAAGACCGCUACAGAAGCUUACAGACAAGUUGUGGAAAUGGCACCGGGUCAUUACACUGCCAGGGUCACCCUUUCAUCACUGCUUCAACAAAUGGGCCAGAAUGAAGUUGCUCUCGAUGUGCUUUCCAGUGGUCCCACUGAAGAGAGUGAAGCAUCAGCCGAUCAGUUACUGAGACUUCACAAGUGUCGUCUGCUGCACUCACAGGGCAAACUGGAUGAGUUCAUCGUAGAAGCUCGCAAGUUAUUGUCCUACAGUUUUCCUGGACAGUUUAGUCCAGAGUUUAUCAGAGUCCUGUUAGCUAUUAGGACCCCCAAGUGCAGGAGAAACCUACUUCCUCACUUUAUCAACAACAUGAAGUCACUUCAAGAAAAAGAAGCCAUUGCUGACAAUCCAGAAUUCAAGCAAGGCGAAGAGAAGAAGAUCAGAGCUGAUCUUUGGGAUGUUUAUGUCAAGCUCUGUUUCACCAUGUAUGAAAAGGGCUUGAAAAAUGAGCUACUGGAAACAGCUACACUGGGCCUGACCUGCCCUUCCUUCUCCCAUGAUCAGGCGAUGGUCACGGAUGCAGAAUUCAUGUGUUUGAAGAUUGGUCCAGUCAGCAUGAACACAUACUACCUGGCAAGAAAUCUCAUACUGCAGGAGAAAGAAAACAACCAAGCAUGGAACCUUUAUGGCUACAUUUUUACCCGACUCCGAGAAACAACCGAUUUGCGUUUCGCUGUCAGAGCUUUGAUGAAGAACCCCAACAGUUUAGUUCUUGGAAUGUUGAAUGGAAAUGCCAGAAUUAUAUCUGGAACUUACAAGCAUGCACUUG